GAGUAAUUAUGGAAACAUGCGACGAACAAUGGAUAUUGCAUCAUUAUUUAGUGAAACAAUCAUUACAAUACUUCGAUCCGCCAUUGAUUUAAUAACAUUCUGGUGGCCAUACUCCACCUACACACUUGGUGCACAAACAUCCAUUCCAGCCGAAAGAGUUAAACCUCCUAAGCUUGAAGAAAUGGUAAUUCGAGAAAUUGGAAUAGAAAGAACGAUUGAGGCUCAAUAUCUUUCCGAACUUCAAGCUCAAGCCGGACCAAUCAAUCACGAAGGAUCAAACAUGCUUUCUGUAGUGUUAUAUGAUAUCCUCACAUUAAAUCCAAGGUUAAAAGUAUUAGAUUUAACAUCAUGUGGAAUUACUGGUGAAACAAUGUCAAUUAUUGGGAACGCAUUCUCUACAGGAAAAUCUUUGUUAGAGAGGUUGAUCCUAAAUGAUAAUUACAUAUCAGAGGAAGGUGGAUUAAGAGAACUAUCAUCUGGAUUAGCUGUUCACGGAUCAUUAGUAAAAGAGCUUGAUAUUUCAGACUGUAGAUUAACGAGUGCUGAUAUUGAUUCAAUUAUGACUGCCUUUACUGCAAAACUUUGUAAUGCCAUUUCGAAUGAUUGGACACCUGUUUGGCUUUCUCUCGAAGAUACAAUCUACGGAACAACCAUUGACCAAAUUGUUGAGGUAUUGACGUCAUUUUGUAGUAACAAAGUGAUUAAAUAUUUAGACUUAUCAUGCCCACAAAUUAAAGUCAAUAAGAAUGUUGCUUUUAGUCUACAAGAUUUCAUGACAGCAGAAAAAGGUUGUGCAGUUAUAGGAAAAAUAUUAAAGGAUAACAGAUACAUCAAAGAAUUGAAUUUACGAGGGGAGCCAGAUAGGCAAUGGGGGCCAUCACUUGGAGUCCAAUUGACUGGACUAAAAACAAAUGAUACUUUGGAAAGGUUGAAUAUAAGUGGGAACUCUAUAAGUGGUCCAGAUGUAAGGUUAUUAAACGAGGUUUUAAAAUUCAAUUCAAGAUUGAAAUAUCUGAGCAUAGACGAAAAUAUGGCUCUCGAAUUCCAGGAACACAUUCAAAAUUUAGAUAAAAGAUUGUCUGUAUCUUCAAGAGAAAUGUUUUCAAGAGAACCUUUUGGUGUACAAGACAUUAUAAUAAACAAGCAUCUGUCCUCUGGCAAACAUUCAACGUUGAAAUCUCUGGAUGAGGAUGAGAACGAAAGAAAUGAUACAUAUUUUGAAAAUAUAAAUGAAAUUAAAGUGGAAACUGUAAAUGAGGUUAAAAUUGAAGGUGGAACGCUUCCGAAGGUUGAAGAUGAGGCGCUUCCGAAGAAUA